AUUCGGAAUCGAACGCCCCGCUACAAUUUUGUUUGCUGUGAUUUUGAUUUAUUUCGUUCUUUUUACUCAAAUUGUGUGCGAGUGAUAAGUGGUGCGCGCAAUAGAAUGAAAUUCGGACUUUUUGUAUUGGCCUGCCUUUUGGCAAGCAUUCAUGCAUCACCAAUGCGUGGAAAUAAAGAUGAUUUAGUUAAUUUAACAGUCAGUACAAAUAAAGUUGAAGUAGAUCAAAUUCCGGUUGAAAUAAAACCCGUCAAAUUGGAAAUAAAAGUCGUACCUAAUAAAAUCGAUGCAGUAAAAACUAAAUCUACUACCGAAGCAAAGACUGAAGAAAGCACAGCCAAAGUGGAUGAAUCACCUGUAGAAACUAAAACUGAAAAUAAUAACAAAGAAAAAUCAUCAGAAAAUGAAGAAAAACCAUCUGAAUCUAAAGUAGCUGAAGUUAAGACAACGCCUUUAACUGAUGAAAAGAAAUCAGAUCCAAAAGACGAGAAAAAAUCGGAAGAAUCACAACCAACUUCUACCAAAAAACCAAUUCGUUCACGGGGAAAAGCACGCUUUUCGUUAGAUGCUCCAUAUGGAGAAAUACCAAAAGAACAAGUAAAAACUACGACAACAACAACUACAACUACAACGACAACAACUGAAAAACCUGCUGAAAAAACAACGGAAAAUCCAACGGAAAAGGUGAACGAAAAAUCUUCGCGGUUACUUCAUGUGGCAGUCAAAUCGAUCAUCGAAGAUGCAGAAAAAUCAAGUGAAGAAUCAGCGAAAAAGGAAACUGAAAUGACAACAGGAACACCAGUCGAAAGUUCACCUGAAAAACCAACUGACAAAGUUGCAGUAAAAUCACUUGCCGAAGAUGCGAAAAAACCAAGUGAAGAAUCAGCCAAAAACGAAACANAAGUGACAACAGUUACACCAAUCGAAAGUGCACCUGAAGAUCCAGCUGACAAAGUCGCGAUAAAAUCACUUGCCGAAGAUGAGAAAAAACCAAGUGAAGAAGCCAAAAAAGAAAAUGAAGUGACAACCGGUACACCAGUCAAAAGUGCACCUGAAGAAACAACGACAGUGAAACCACUCGAAAAGAAUAAAUCUGGUGAGGAAAAUGAAGGGCGUAACAAUGCAUCAACUGUGGAGGCUGAAGGAGAGGAGAAAAAACCAAGUGAUGAAGCCAAAAAGGAAAUUGAAGUGACAACAGGAACACCAGUCGAAAGUUCACCUGAAAAACCAAUUGACAAAGUCGCAGUAAAAUCACUUGCCGAAGAUGAGAAAAAGCCAAGCGAAGAAUCAGCCAAAAACGAAACAGAAGUGACAACAGUUACACCAAUCGAAAGUGCACCUGAAAAACCAACUGAUAAAGUUGCUGUGAAAUCACUUGCCGAAGAUGCGAAAAAACCAAUCGAAGAAUCAGCCAAAAACGAAACAGAAGUGACAACAGUUACACCAGUCGAAAGUUCACCUGAGCCAACUGACAAAGUCGCAGUAAAAUCACUUGUCGAAGAUGCGAAAAAACCAAGUGAAGAAUCAGCCAAAAACGAAACAGAAGUGACAACAGUUACACCAGUCGAAAGUGCACCUGAAAAAACAACGACAGAGAAACCACUCGAAAAGAAUGAAUCUGGUGAGAAAAAUGAAGGGCGUAACAAUGCAUCAACUGUAGAGGCUGAAGGAGAGGAGAAACCUGAGGAAAGUUCCUCACCACAAACACGAAAAGUAAAAAUACCUGGUGUUGUGCCAAUUCCAGGGGAUCGUCCUAAAAGUAGAUAUGCUGAUAUUCGAAUUGUUAAACUCGAAUCAGAACUUGCAGAGGAUGGCAAAUAUAGAUACAACUACGAAUCAGAAGACGGUACAGUUGUCGAGCAACAAGGUGAAUUGAAAAAAAUGUCCAUAAAAAAUGAUGAUGGCGAAGAAGAAGAAACACAAAUGGGCGAAAGUGUGAAAGGAUCAUACUCAUACAAAGACGAUGAGGGAAAAACCUAUUCUAUUACCUACACGGCCGAUGAAAAUGGCUAUAGACCUGUUGGAGACCACAUCCCAACAAUACCGCCAGCUAUUGCUCGUGCUUUGGCUUGGUCAGCGACAGCAAAACCUUGGGUUGACCCAUGGCUUGUGAAACAAAAAAAACUAAGAGAAGCUCGUGCUAAGAAAUUGGAAGAACAAAUGAAAACCACUCAAAAACCUGAAGAAAAAGAUGUAGAAUAAAGACGUUAACUUAGAGAUCGAAAGUGAAAGAUGUUUGUCCUGAAAUUGGAAGGAAACCACACAAAAAUCUGUGGAGAAAGACGAAGAAGCACCAAAAGCCAUAUAAGAAUAAGCCUCCGAAAAUUUCAUUUAAAAUUCAUACAAAAAAAAGUGUCGUAGAAGUUAAAAUAAUUUAUAAAAACGAACGAAAAUAUCACAAAAAAAUGGAAAAACUAA